GCAAAACUUGGUUUAGUGCUUAUUUUAGUAAAAUCAAGUUUCAAUUACUUUGUUAAUCUCUGUUUCCACACGCUUCUCUCAAUCUCUGUUUCUCAAACUCCCAGAUCCUCUGCAAAAGCUUCUUCGAUCUCUCUUCUUCUUUCUCGUCCAGAUUUUGCUUCUAAAUAAAAGAGACGAUGACUUUAUCACCUCCUCGGUUUUCAAGAACCGUGUAUCCUCGGAAAGUUCCUUCAAUUGCUUUUGCUAUUGGUGGGUUAACAUCUUUCAUCAUCUUCGCUUCUCUGCUUCUCUUCUCGCAUCCCCUUGGCUCUUCUCUUACUGGUUAUCUCUACGGCACUGAGACCACUCAACAUCUGGAGUUUCACCAUAGUACUAGCACAGACGACAAUGAUCCAAACCCAUCUCUUAAAACUACCUCAAAUUCACCUCCGUUAUUGACACAAGAUAGAGCAGAGGAUAAGGAGGUGCUUCCUAUCUCUUUGGAUCCAACCGAUAAAGAAACCAACUUAAGAAAGUCUACAAAUGUUCCCGUUAAUGAAGAAGCUACACAAGAUUCACUAGAAACAGAAUGUGAUCUGUUUCAUGGUAACUGGUUUUAUGAUCCAAUGGGACCCAUGUACACGAACAACUCUUGUCCUCUUCUGACGCAGAUGCAGAACUGUCAGGGCAAUGGAAGACCUGACAAGGGCUAUGAGAAUUGGAGAUGGAAACCGUCUCAGUGUGAUCUUCCACGGUUCGAUGCCAAGAAGUUUCUGGAGCUCAUGAGAGGCAAGACGCUAGCUUUUAUAGGUGAUUCUGUGGCUCGUAAUCAGAUGGAGUCCAUGAUGUGCCUUCUUUGGCAGGUGGAAACUCCGGUUAACCGUGGGAACCGGAAGAUGCAGAGAUGGUAUUUCCGGUCAUCUUCAGUAAUGAUAGCUCGGAUGUGGUCAUCUUGGCUCGUCCAUCAGUUCAAUGAACCGUUUAGUUUUGCUCCACAAGGUGUAACGAAACUCAAGCUCGACCAACCAGAUGAGCGGAUAAUGGAAGCUCUUCCCAAGUUCGACGUUGUUGUACUUUCAUCAGGUCACUGGUUUGCUAAACAAUCUGUCUACAUUUUAAACGAUGAGAUUGUUGGAGGCCAGCUAUGGUGGCCAGACAAAUCAAAGCCUGCAAAGGUCAGCAACGUGGAAGCAUUUGGGAUCUCUGUUGAAACAAUCUUGAAGGCAAUAGCUAAUCACCAAGACUACAAGGGUCUGACCAUCUUGCGGACUUGGUCUCCUGAUCAUUACGAAGGCGGUGCUUGGAACACUGGUGGGUCGUGUACGGGUAAAGAAGAGCCUCUCUCUCCUGGGAAGCUAGUUAAAAACGGGUUCACGGAGGUAAUGCAUGAGCAGCAAGCAAGAGGGUUUCAUCGAGCUGUGGCUGAUGAUAAACUUGUGAAUGUAACGAAGAAGAUGAAGCUAAUGGAUAUCACUGAGGCUUUUGGUUAUCGGCAUGAUGGUCAUCCUGGUCCGUAUAGAAGUCCUGACCCCAAGAAGAUCACUAAACGUGGACCGGAUGGUCAGCCUCCCCCACAAGACUGCUUGCACUGGUGCAUGCCGGGGCCGGUUGAUACGUGGAACGAGAUGGUGCUGGAGAUUAUAAGGAGAGAUAUGGAAAGUGGAGGAAGUAAACCAUAAUUUUGAUCGAGGAGAUCAAUACAAAUUUAGAAGAUACAAAAUCUUAUUCAUACCACGGAUUAGUUGAUUUAAGGACUUUUAAUUAUUAUAAUAUGAUUAUUAGUUACUUGUAAACCCAUCACACUCACAUGUAAUUCUGCUUUUUACAUACAAUGUAACUUUUGAUUCAAAGAGGA